GCAGCACACUUAUUUGCACUUGAACAUCUUGUCAUGGUCAUGUUUUUCUUUGUGGCCCCAGCCUCCGACUGCCACGAAAACACCUUCCACUAUGGCCACUAUUGUUAUCAUUACGAGAAGACGGUUAAAACCUUUGACGAUGCCGAGAAAUUCUGUCUUGCCUGGGGAGGCCGCCUGGCUAGCGUCCACUCCAAGAAAGAGGCCCAAUUUGUGUAUGAUCACUCGCAAACCUUACAAUCUGCUUUCGUGGGACUCAAGAAGGAGGACGACGACUACGAGUGGAGUGACGGAACAACUUACGACUACAAGUGUAAAAAUGACACCAAGGGGGACUGCGCGUUCCCAAAUUCUGUUGGGGAGUUGAGUGCCAGCUCCUGCACAACGGAGCGGCCAUUUGUCUGCAAAACAGCCAAGCACGGAGGGGUUCCACAGCUGCCCUCAUUAGUCGGCCAACCGGAAUGGACUGCCACAUGCGGCUGGUGGCUGAACGACCCAACCAACGACUUCUGCUACCUGAUGAUCCGCCACCCCACCAAGACCUGGAAGGAGGCGCAAGCCAACUGCCAACGCCUCCACGGGAACCUGAUCAGCAUCACCGACGACCAUGAGCAGACCUUUGUACAUGGUUACGUCGGGUCUCUGCCCUCUCUGUGGUUGGGCGCCGAUGUCUCCACCACGGAAGAUGACGCCCGAUGGACUGACGGAUCCCCGUUCACUUACAGCCACUCGAGUGCAGGUCGGUCUGAAAGCAUGUCUGAUGCUUGUCGGCUGCACUUUGGAGGAACGGCGGAGCGCUGAGAUCUUGU